GCCAUGUUGCUGGGUGACCCCGCGAGCGGCGUCUGGAGGAUGCGGCUGCCGUGAGGCCCCAGGGUGCCUCUCCCGGCCUGUGCGGGAGGUCGGGCCGGCAGCGGUAUAGAGCGGUACCGGGCUGCCCGGACCAGGCCUCGGAGCCCCGCCGAUUCCGCUGCAGCCGGGCUCGGGGCCCCCAGCUGACGGCCGCGGCAGCUCCGGAACAUCCCUCCGGGAAGGGAGAAGUGGCCGCAGCCUCCUGCUCCUCCCCUCGCCUUCGGUCGGUCGGCCGUUCCCCAUGGCAGCGUGGUCCCGGCAGGCCGUCCUGACCCUUUACCGGGCUCUGCUGCGCGAGGGCCGCGGGCUGCGCUACACCGACCGGGAUUUCUACCUGGCUUCCAUCCGCCGUGAGUUUCGCAAGAACCGGGGGCUGCAGCGGCUGGAGGAUAAGGAGAGGCAGCUGGAGAAGGGGCAGGCUUUCCUGCAGAGCAAGCUGGGGGGCCUGGUGUAGAGCU